AUGAUCAGCAUAUUCUACUCAAGGAAUCGACAUGUGUUCACCUUUGAUUCUCUGAAAGAAAAGAAGGUUCGCGAUGUGAUAGAGCAAGUUGUAGAGCAGGAUAAACGAGAAAGAGCAGUUCUGACUUGCGAAGGUAAGCCUAUUGCUUCCGAAACUGCAAUGGAAACUUUGUUCGAGGAAAGUGCUGUUUUUUUGGUAACUCUACCAAAAGAUCAGAUUCCUGAGGUUCUAACAAAACCCAUCGAAAAGAAGGCUUUGGAAGAAGUGGGAAAGAUGAUCAAUGGAUAUGCAAAGCUUUAUGAUAAGCGUCUCAUCUCUGGAGCUGUACAAGACGUGAUAGCUCAUGAUUUUCUAGGGAUUCUCUUCAAAACAUACCCAGAACUACUAUAUGUACCUUCAAAAGUCAAUGCUUUCAGAGAUAGUCGCAUUCUCAUCACCAUGCUUUUCGAAGAACCGGAUAAGUCGUUCUCAAAAAUGAAAGAGAAAAUCCCAUUGUUCCUUGGAUUUAAAACAUUGCUAACUCUAAUGAAAAACCCUAUGAGCAAACAGUUGAAUCCUCUCGAGCUUUUCUCCAACUUGGCCCAAAUGGCCGGUGAAGAACAAGAGGCUGCUCUUCCAGUUGGAGGAAGCAGAGUUGCUCCUGUUGCUUUAUCUGCUACAGAUGAUGGUGCCGGUCCUAGUGUCUCGCCGGCUCCCAACAGAGCUUCGGACCCUGCAGGAAAUCCUGUCACCAGAGAAAUGCUCACCGAAGCUAUCGCUUUUGCGAUGAAUAGUAUCAAUCCUGGUGCAAAUCCUCCCGUUAAUCCACUAUUUGGCGCAAUCCCUGUGCCUAUUGAUGACGAAAUGGGAGGAGAUGAGCAAGAAGAAGAGGGAAGAGAUAACAUUGAAAACUACAGAGUAAUAUUCCGAUCUCAAUUAGAAAGAUUGGUUGAGUUCGGGUUCGAUGAUGAAGAAGAAAACAUAAGAGCUCUCCUCGCAUCUGGAGGAGAUCUCGAUUUUGCAUUAAACAUCAUCAUCGCUGCGAGAGAGUCUAACUGA